AUGGUGUGGUGUGCUCCUUUGAACGACAUGACACCUUCACACUCCAACUGUCCUUCUCAACUUUUGGCAACGAUCACGCAGACAAUGGACUCCGAACUAGGUAUCCUUGAGAAAUUGAAAUUGGCUAAACGGCAAUACGGCCUGAGAGGCAGUCUUUACGUCGACGGCGGCCGAGGAGCUGAUCAGAGAACGUUGCAGUCGAGAUUAACUCGGUCCGGCUAUGAGGGCGCAGUGAAUGUUCGGGGCAAAAACGAACGAGUCGAACAAGUCGUGUCGGAUCGAUGCGCAGACUCUGGUUGA